UUUAUAAAAUAUAAAUUAAGCUACCAUAUUGAUGUCGUUAUACAGAAAUUAUGUUGUUCAAUAUAUUAUAGAGUUGAGGAUCCCUUCUGUCACUGCCAACUUAAUUGCUCAGUUCAAAGGCCAUUAUGUUUACCUAUCAAAGCAGAAAUUUAGCAGCCAUGUCGUGGAAAAAUGCCUCAAGCAUUUUGGAGAGAGUCGAUCACAAAUUGUCCAUGAAUUGCUGUCUGUGCCUCAUUUUGAACAGUUGCUGCAAGAUCCAUAUGCCAAUUAUGUCAUUCAGUCUGCAUUGACAGUUACCAAGGGCCUUCUUCAUGCUGCACUGCUUGAAGCUGCUCGGCCGCACUCUUUCUUACGAACCAGCCCAUAUUGUAAGCGGAUUUUCUCGCGGAAUCUGUCAAAGAAGUGAUGUAAAUUCGUGCGUGGUAACAAGUGUUGUUGUUCUCCCAAAGUUACUAACCUGUUCCCUAUUCAGAAGAAGUCUUAAUCUGUGUUGAGGCACUAGAUGUAGAAUAGCCUUCAAAAUUUGAAGCGGAUGCCCUCAUGAGAACCUUGGAAACUUAAUCUCUACGGAUGAUCUCUAUGAUUUUGAAGAAUGUAAACUGGAGGUUUUUACUCCUGGUUGUUUGUUUUGCUUAAACAACUUGUAUGUACUGUUCUGUUGUCUUCUUGUUGUUGUUGUGGGCUUGUUGAUCUGAACUUUUAAUGUAUGAUGUUUCACAUGGUCGGCACCGCAGUUUUUACUUUUAAUCUCGGUAAAUGCCAUGCGGCACUAUAUUUCCUCUUCAAUUCUGAAGUUGAUUUUCUUGAACUA